CCAAUCAGUUAGAUAGAAGAUAGGUCUUCCUAAUUUUUUUUUAAAAUAUCAGUUACGUAGGUAGUACUAGUAUUAAAGGUUAAAAGAAGAAAGUAAUCAUUUGUUUGAACCAAAAUAAUCGAGAAGCUAUAUCUCUGUAUUUCAAAUCAUUGAUUUCUCCAGAAAUGGUAGUUGCAUUUGUGGCCGUAGCUAAGUCAAUCGGGCAACAAUGCUUGAAGCGAUCAAAACCCUAUUCCCACUCUUACUUCUCCAGCUAUGUUUGUUCCUCAAAUUCGAAGUAUGGAGUCUCAAAAUGGCAAUUUCAGAGUCAUAGAACUCUAAUCUUACAGUCGGCUUCUGAAUCCGUCAAAUUAGAAAGACUCUCCGAUUCCGAUUCCGGGAUUUUGGAGGUUAUAUUGGAUAGGCCCGAAGCGAGAAAUGCAUUAGGGAAGGAUAUGUUAAGAGGAUUACAGCAAGCGUUUGAAGCCGUGAGUAAUGAACGUUCAGCAAAUGUUUUGAUGAUCUGCAGUUCGGUUCCCAAAGUGUUUUGUGCUGGAGCUGAUUUGAAGGAACGAAAAACUAUGAUUCUUUCUGAAGUCCAGGAUUUUGUAAGCACUUUGAGAUCAACUUUUUCCUUUUUGGAGGGUCUUCGUAUUCCUACAAUUGCUGCCAUUGAAGGUAUAGCAUUGGGUGGGGGACUUGAAAUGGCGAUGUCUUGUGAUAUCCGGAUAUGUGGUGAAGAUGCAGUGCUGGGCUUGCCAGAAACAGGACUUGCUAUAAUACCAGGAGCAGGAGGAACGCAACGGCUUCCUAGAUUGGUUGGAAAAUCAAUUGCAAAAGAUAUAAUCUUUACUGGCCGAAAGAUAAGUGGGAAAGAUGCUGUAUCAAUAGGGCUUGUCAAUUACUGUGUUCCUGCUGGCGAGGCUCGUCUCAAGGCACUUGAACUUGCUAGGGAUAUUAAUCAGAAGGGUCCGGUGGCGUUAAAGAUGGCAAAAUGCGCUAUUGACAAAGGAGUGGAGCUAGAUAUGGAGUCAGCCUUAGCUUUAGAGUGGGAUUGCUAUGAACAACUGUUAGACACAAAAGAUAGGUUAGAAGGCCUUGCUGCAUUUGCUGAGAGGAGAAAACCUAGGUAUAAGGGUGAAUGAAAAGAUUAUAGUGCACCCGAUAGAUAAACUGACCAUUCACAACGGAAACCAAAACAAGUACUAUUUAUAUGUGAUCUAAUUCAUCAUGGCUCAGUGUUGUCCGUCUGUGUAUGUGCUUGUGUAAACUUUGUUUUAUGUAAAGGGUUAAUAAAGCCGUUCCAACUA